AUGUCGUCCGACCCUGAUGAUACCUUCAAGUUCUAUCACUACGAUCCCUCGUUGGCUGCCGCCUGUGUUUUUGCUGUGCUUUUCGGAUCAUCGACCAUAUGGCACGCGUUCUUGAUUGCCAAGUAUAGAACUUGGUAUUUCAUUCCAUGCCUCACAGGUGGUAUUUUCGAGACCGUGGGAUAUGCAGCACGGGCAAUAUCGCAUGGGCAAGCGCCAGAUCCGACUCUCGGUCCCUAUGUCAUUCAGACCCUCCUUCUUCUCGUCGCUCCGGCACUGUUCGCGGCAAGCAUCUACAUGAUACUAGGCCGCAUAAUUGUCAGUGUGGACGGCGAAUCUUACAGCCUGAUCAAAAAGAAGUGGUUGACGAAAAGCUUCGUGGCGGGAGAUGUGCUCUCUUUCUUCAUCCAGCUUGGUGGUAUGCUUGAAUGGUUCCAUGGACAUGCAGGCGGCGGACUGAGGGCAAGCAGCAAACCGUCAACAGCAAAGACAGGGUCCCACAUCGUCUUGACGGGACUCGUCAUUCAGAUCGUCCUUUUUGGCCUUUUCAUCGCCGUCGCGGUGGUUUUCAACCUUCGAUUGCGCGCCAGGCCAAUCAAUACACCCCGUGCCUGUUCUUUACCUUGGGAAAAGUAUCUUCGGAUACUGUACAUUGCCAGCGCGUUCGUCAUGCUUCGAUCAAUUGUGCGCGUGGCAGAAUUUAUUGAGGGCUUCGAGGGGACGAUCAUUCGCCAUGAGCUGUAUCUGUAUAUCUUCGACGCAGUACCUAUGGCAGCAGUGAUGGUUGUGUUCAACGUUUGGUAUCCGUCGUGCUUCUCGAAGCGGGCAAGAAAAGCUAUCAUGGUGGAGCAAAGUGCAGACUCAAGCCUUGAGCUCUCGGAUAUUGAGGGACAAGGAAAGUGA